GUGCGAACGACAGGCAUUGGAUAUCUUUGUGCAUUCCUGUUUUGGAUUAUGGCUUCAGUUGUGUGGAUUUACUUCACCGCUUAUUUCACUAUUGUGCGAGUGUACGUACUCGUCGCAUGUGCCUUUUACCUCUUCUGCCACUGGCGCUUUGGCGGCUUCGGCACUUUGGUGCUUCUCUUGUUCAGGCGUAUGCAGCAGCGGCAACAGCAUCAACAUCUUGAUUAA